AUGAAGGCGCUCACGGAUACGAAGGCGCCUGGCCGGACCAGGAGGCCGCGGCUGCACAGCCUGGAGAUCAUCGGCUGCAGGCUGCUGCAGGUGCCGCCGGUGCUGCGCGAGGUGCCCACCCUCCGGCACCUGAGACUGAGUCACAACGAGAUCAAGCUACUCACGGAGGAGUGGCUCUGGCCGGAGGACGACCGGCCGGUCUUCGAAAGGCAGUACGUGGCCAAGAACGACCACCUGACCGGCUCCGAAGCCGAACAGGUGCAGGAGAGCUUCAGCGACGGCAUACCCUGCUACCGGUGCGAGGUGGCGGACGUCGAGAACAACAAUUAUAGGAUCAUCGAGAAGCUGCCAGACCAGCAGAUGAGGUGGUGGGAGACGAAGUGGGGGCGCAGGGAGGUGCCGCACGACCACGUGCUGAAGCCAGAGGACACAGUCUGGAAAAAGAUCAGGCCCCAGCGGCCAGACGAGGAGGAGGCCAUCACCGACUGGCUGCUCGCGUGGCCCCAGGGCGACGACGGCCCGAUACUGGCCUACCCGAUGGAGUUGGCGGGCCUGCCCGUCAUUUCCCGACAAGAGCUGGAAGUGCGGCGAACUGGCUCUGUGAUCAGCGGCGUCGAGCCCAACGAGAUUAAAGGGUCUAGGGACCUCCCAGUUUUAGAGCACUUGUUUUUGGAUUGGAACAGCAUCUACAGCAUCGAGGUGCAGGCCCUCUCCGGCGGCGUGGUCGCAAAGCUGCAGGUGCUCAACCUCUCCCACAACCAGCUGAACGUCCUGCCGUCGGAUUUCAUGGAGGGUGCCAGGGAACUCCGCUACCUGGACCUGACCGGUAACGAGAAGAUCCGUACGAUUCCAGACACGGUGAUGGCGUGCUCGAAGCUGGAGCUGCUGUUCCUCACCCACAACGCCAUCGAGAGGCUGCCGCCCAUCCGGAAGGUGGACGCCUUCGGCCGGAGUUGCAAGAGGCUCAAGAGGCUCCGGAAGCUGUUUGUCGCCUACAACAGACUCGCCGAGCUGCCGGAGGACAUCGGCGAAUGCGGUAAGCUCGAGAAGAUCCGGCUGUCGCACAACUGCAUCAGAGAGAUGCCCAGGUCCCUGUCCCUGCUCAAGCUGCGGUGCACGCUGCAGGAGUUCGCCUUCGUCGGCAACCCCCUGCAGCAGCCCCUGAAGGACGGCGCGAGCAUCGAGACCAACAUGGGUUUCUUUGAGGACUACUGGAGGCAGAGGGACGCGGCCGAGGAGCCUGUCGCCCUCGGCGGCGAGGACAUGCGCCGGG